AUGGACAUCAAGGCAGAAAGAGCUGCUUUGCAUGGACCAGCCCAGGACAGCCAGGGCUUCCUGCUCUCUGUGCCCCUAGUGUGCGGUGAGAGACCUGCUUUCGAGGAAAAAGUUCAGUAUUCCCGCAUCAUAGAUGGGCUGGAGGCCGAGGUGGGUGAGUUUCCGUGGCAGGUGAGCAUUCAGGCAAGAAAUGAACCCUUCUGUGGUGGCGCAAUUCUCAACCAGUGGUGGAUCCUCACCGCCGCGCACUGCUUGUCCCAGGAUUUCAUCUCACCCGAGGAACUGAACGUCGUGGUGGGGACCAACGACUUAACCAGCUCACACGUGGAAACAAAGGCAGUGGCCAGCAUAAUUAUUAACAAGGACUUUAAGAAAACCAACAUGGACAACGACAUUGCCUUGCUACUGCUGGUCACGCCUAUCACGUUCAGUGACCUGAAGGUGCCCAUCUGCCUGCCCACGGAGCACAGCCCCUCCAAGUGGCAUGAGUGCUGGGUGGCAGGAUGGGGCCAGACCGAGCCUGGUAACACAAACUCCAAGACCAUGGAGCUGCUGAAAGUGCCGAUGAUCAUCACGGACUGGGAGAUGUGUCUAAAGGACUUUUCAAAACUUACCAAAAAUAUGCUCUGUGCUGGGUACAAGAAUGAGAGAUACGAUGCCUGCCAGGGUGACAGUGGGGGCCCUCUGGUCUGCACCCCGGAGCGUGGUGGGAAAUGGUACCAGGUCGGCAUUAUCAGCUGGGGCAGGAGCUGUGGCAAGAAGAAUACCUCGGGUAUAUACACGGCACUGGCCAACUACCACCAGUGGAUCCUAAAGGUGACCCAGGUGGAGGGAAGGCCCUUCCACCCUGAGGAGAUGACGGGCCUCUCCAAGCUGAAAGGAGCUGGCUCCCAAGCCUCGGGACCCCCAGAGCCCUGCAGCCUCCGACUCUGGUUCCUUCUCUACCUCUCGUCCUGUGUGUUGUUCAGAGCUAUUUUCUACUGA